AUGGCUCAAAAUAAAGCAGCAUGGAUUAAGACUUCUGGCGCACACCCGUUGGCUAUUGACGAUGCCCCUAUACCUCGUCCUGGCCCGGGAGAGCUGGUUAUUAAGAAUGCGGUUGUGGCUAUCAAUCCUGUCGAUUGGAAGAUACAGGAUCAUGGUCGCUAUCUCAACAAAUAUCCAUUCAUCCUAGGAGAAGAUACUGCCGGUACAGUUGAAGCUGUCGGCGAAGGUGUUGUAGGUUUCCAAAAAGGUCAACGGGUCAUUGCGCAUUGCCACGCCCUAAUGACUCGCGAUCCCUCCAACUCCGCCUUCCAAAACUACACUCUCGUCACGGAAAAGCUCACUUCAGCACUCCCCGAGUCUCUCUCUUUCGCAGAAGGAGCAGUCCUUCCAUUGGCUAUUUCCACGGCAUCAGCAGGUCUCUUCCAGAAAGAUACUCUAAACCUCCCUCUCCCUUCCCCCACCGACAAAGUCGAAACAGACAACAAAGACACAAUCCUUAUAUGGGGAGGAGCGUCUUCCGUCGGAGCCACCGCCAUUCAACUUGCCGUCGCCGCAGGAUUAAAAGUCAUUACCACAGCCUCCUCUCAAAAUAAAGACUUUGUCAAAUCAAUUGGUGCACAAACCGUGAUUGACUACAAGUCCCCCAAUGUAGUAGAAGAAGUAGCAAACGCACUUCGCGGUAGCCAAAUCGCCGGAGUCUUCGACGCUAUUUCCGAGACCAGGAGCUUCGAAACCGUACAAAAGAUUCUGGAGAGUCUAGAUGUGUUUCCCAAGGUUGCAAGUGUACUUCCAUAUGACAAGCCUACGGAAAAGUUCUCGCCCAAGUAUGUCACCGCUUUCACGAUUAUUCAGGAGCCAAAUCAAUAUGUUGGAGAAGCUGUUUGGAAGAAGUUUGUACCAGAAGGCUUGGCAAACGGAAAGUUGCAAGCAAAACCUGAGCCGUAUGUUGUAGGUCACGGAUUGGAGGACCUUCAGAAGGCAUUGGAUAUUCAAAGGAAGGGGGUUUCGGCAAAGAAAGUGGUUGUUACUUUGUAA